UUUGGUGGAAUUGCACCCCUUUUGUUUGCUCAUACUUUUCAAAAUCACAGUUAUACGCGCAAGACUAUCGGUCUUUUUCGUGUUAUGUCUGUGCAAAAGGACCGACGUUGCCUUGUGAAAACAAGCACUCUCUUGUUCUCUCCCGAAGCAGAUCUACGGGCGCCAAAGGUCGGCCCAAGUCAACUGGGGCCGUAUGCCGGUUCAAUCAAACGCAAUGAACGUAUUCGAGCUAACUUGUUUCAGUGCACGCAAAUGGCAUUCCUUUUGAAAAUAUCGAGUCGGCUGCUUCCACGGGCGGGGAGGGUACCGAAGUUAAUUAAAUAUGAGACUGGCAGAGUUGCCUCAUCAUGAGCAUAUUGGUUUAUCAGGUUACCAACCAGCACUUUUUCUCGUACCCUGGUGAAGUUGGCUUCCCCAUGAAUUUUCUUUUUCCUAUGUCCCCUAUGUCUCAUUUCGUCUUGGAUGUUAAUGUUUGUCAUGUAAAGCACCAUUAAGUGUGAAGAGUCAGAUUGUAAUAUAUAGUUUCUUCUUUGUUCUAUGAAAAAGUCGAGGCGCCGGCUUAAAAUGUGCUUUGUUGAAUGGCAAUUAUUAAUUAAGGGUAACUGUCUAUCAAUCAUUAUACGCAAGUACAAGCAAAUGUACAUUGUUUAAAUAUAUAAAUCAACUGUGAAUAGUAUCUGUAACCAGAAAAAAAGAUAUAUUCGUGGGAUUUUAAAUUGUUGCUAUCACUACAUUGUAUUUAAAUACAACCACAAUACUAGCAGCAUUAUUAUAUAUCACUGAUAGUGGUGCAUGUUGGUAAAGCUACAGUGUGUAUUACGCUUAAUAUUAACACUCUUGUAGCAAUACCUAACUGUUACGUAGUUUGGCUUAAUGAAACUAGACAUCAAUUUAUUCCAGACUAAUUAUGGUCCAUUGCUUCAUGUUUGCUUUGUCUUAACCACUGUAGUUGGCCAUCAUUUAGCACUUAAAAGCUUACAAAAAGCAUCUCGACUUAGCAUAGAGCACACGUGGUAAGAGCUGAUUGGGUCGUUGCACCAAAUUCAUCCUAAGAGUAGCCUGUGUAAAUGAUGAAAUACCUGUCAAGGGAUACGGAGGUUGGUUGUAUCAUUAAUCUCUAAAGACUGUCAUUGUGCAUUGUAUAUGCCAUUGAACACAGCGCUUCUUGUAAUUUCUCACAGCCAAGCCCAUCAGUUUACAGUUCCCGAUCGUGAAGCCUCAUCUGGCAUUAUUUUAAUUGGAUGCAAUGAAGUAACAUUUUCGCCUUUUUCUUUGUAAUGGGCAACUAAGUCGAAGAUUUUGAUAACAAAUAGGAAUGAUUGAACAUCCCAGCGUCUGUUUCUAGGCAACCGUUGACAUUUAUCAACGUCUUCAUUGGUUGAUGAUUGUGACACCGUUUCUCCAGGAAGUUACCUUCAGAAGAGACAACAUCCGCGGAACGGGGAUUGAAUAACAUACUUUCGGUUGUGAGUGAAUGUCCAAAACUACUAACGUGCACGACUGACCGUCAGAUGAAGGCCAGGCUGAUUAAACGUGCGUCGUGGCUUUUUAAAUUCUUGUAUGAAAACAACGGACUUGGGUACACUGACUUGCUCACGAAUGCAUGACGGCUGCAGUCUGCGCUCAGUGGGUGUUCAAUUCUGACGAAACGUUUUACUGGUGGAGCGAGCGAGCGAGCGUGUUGGAUAUUUAAUCAGGAGCGCAAUGUGUAUGAGUCUAUGAAGUUGCGUUGUGUAUGUAGUUCAAUACUUCGGUCUUUGUUGGGAAUCGUUGAUCGACAUUAUGGUACUAUCAUUUCAAUGAAAAUUAAACGCCAGGGAGUAUUGCGAAUCGCCAGGAAUAUUGAUGAUACCUGACCAGGGCCACCGACCGAGGACAUUUGUCUAGCCGACAAGAUGCCUUUUUCACCGAGAAUGCCAGUGCACAUAGCAACAAGGGCUCACCGGCAGGGCAGGGAUAAUCUUUCCAACCGUGCCCCGCAAGGACUGCACGCCAUGAGACGGAAAGCCUACGAUUCUGUGCUGGCCUCCCUUGGUAGCAAUCAACACGAGAUUCUAGACGAGGACGAGGUUCGCUUUUUGCAGGCUGUAGAAUUCGGGGAUCUACCGACCACCAGGGCCAUGUUGGAGCGACCCGACAUCGUAUCCCGCCUGCUCAAAUGCACGGACUACAAAGACAGGACAUGCCUCGAGAUCGCCACUGAGAAUGAACACUUAGAUAUCGUAGAACACCUGAUACGAGCUUUCGGCAGACAACUCCCGCUACAGUGUAUUAAUGAAUCAUUAAUGCUGGCCAUCAGCAAGGGUUACCUGCGGAUAACGCAGACACUUCUCACUCAUCCUAUGUUUCAAAAGAGUAAAGAUAAGUUCCGGCUGGGCAGUUUGACCAACUACUUCCAGCCAAAGAAUAACUCAAAGUUUGACCAAGACAUCACCCCUAUUAUGCUGGCCGCACACUGCAAUGAGAUUGACAUCAUACGGUUGCUACUUCACAGAGGCGAUUCCGUCAAGAAGCCUCACCACUCACUCUGCGAAUGCACGUCUUGUUACAACAAGCGACUCUUUGAUCCCUUGAAGCAUUCCCUUGCGGGUAUUCAUGCGUACCGUGCUUUAGCUAGCCCGGCUUACAUAUCGCUGACCAGUCGAGAUCCCAUCCUCAGUGCCUUUCUACUUAGCCAGGAAUUAAUGCAACUCUCUAAAAUUGAAAAGGAGUUCAAGAAUGAAUACAGGGAUCUUGCCAAGCAAUGCAAAAAGUACGCAUCCGAUCUCCUGGAUAUGUGCCAAAACUCGCAGGAGGUCCGUACCAUUCUCAACCAGAGGGGUAACACCAUGGAGGGUUUUGCCCCGGCAGACUCUGAGGAACAAAUAGACGGUGAAUUCAGCCCUGACACGGAGACUACCGACAACGAUUUGGCGAGACUACGGCUUGCUAUCAAGUACUACCAGAAACAGUUUGUAGCGCAUCCUCAUUGUCAGCAUCAACUUGCUACAAUGUGGUACGACGGGUUCCCUGGCUGGAGACGAAGCGGUAUAGUGUACAAGAUUCUCAUUACUCUCCUCAUUCCACUCUGCUUGCCAUUUCUAGCAAUUGCCUACUGGGUGGCACCCACAUCAAAGUUGAGUCGACUUGUCAGCACCCCCUUGGUCAAGUUCAUCACCCACACUGCCAGCUACCUUGUCUUUCUUAUCUUCAUCUUCCUGGAAUCCACUUUAGUCGAGACCUAUGAGAGCCCAGGCAACAUUGCGCACUCGACUGAUUUUAGAACGAGUGUAAAUCGUACAAUUAAUGCCAACCCAAAGGGUUCUUGCGCACAGGUCUUCAAUGCCUCAUUAAUUGCCAAUACGAAAGACUUGUUUCCUGUGCGUUUCUCAUCGUUUACCAUAUUCGAGUGGAUUAUCGUCUUGUUUGUCGUGGGUACUUUAUGGGCGGAGAUCAAGCAGAUCUGGGAGGAGGGUUAUCGCCGAUACUUAGCAUCAAUAUGGAACUGGCUGGAUAUUGCUAUGCUGAAUUUUUACAUGACAACGUUUUCGCUGAAGUUCUGUAGCUACCACAAAUCAAGUAUUGCAAUCAAUUAUUUCAUAACUGAUCCCGAUGCUGCAUGUGAUAAGUUUCUCCAGAGAGAAGCAGAGGCAUUGGAAAUGUUCUACUUCGUAAGGGGAGAUCGCCACGUCUGGGAUGAUGACGACCCUAUCUUGUUAGCCGAAGCCCUAUUUGCUAUAGCCAAUGUGCUGAGCUUCAGUCGUAUGUCUUAUGUACUGCCAGUCAGCGAGUUCUUAGGACCAUUGCAGAUAUCUCUUGGUCGUAUGCUGGGUGAUAUUGUUCGGUUCGCUGUGGUCUUCGGUGUGGUAUUCAUGGCCUUCUUCUGCUCUUUGUACAAUCUGUACUGGUCAUAUGACCCAAUGGAAGGAAGCGAUGACUGCGCAACCAAAGCUGGCUUUGGAUUUGGCACGUUUGAUCACACCUUCCUGACACUGUUUUGGGCGUUGUUCGGCCUGGCGCAACCCGACGAUCCCAAUAUCCCUAAUAGUAAAGCCUACGGCCAGAAUGGACACCAGUUAACUGCCUUCGUUGGUACUUUGCUAUUCAGCGUCUACUUUGUUGUCAUGGGUCUUGUCAUGCUCAAUAUGCUGAUUGCAAUGAUGAGCAAUUCAUUUCAAGAAAUUGAGAGUGACCAGGAUGUGGAGUGGAAAUUCGCUCGUUCACAACUCUGGUUGUCUUACUUCGAGAGAGGGGCCACUCUCCCCAUCCCAUUCAACCUCAUACCCAGCCCAAAGAGCUUUGUCUAUGCCUAUAAGUGGUUACGUCGGCAAAUCCAAAAUUGCAAGAAGAGGAAGCAGCAGAACGAGAGUACAAGGACAACGGUGCCAAUGAAUGACCGGCGUAAUGGCGUGUUUAACAUCAUGAACCAAUCAGAACUUACUAGAAGUGAGAGCAUACUUGAGAGCACCAUGAAGGGUAUCGUCAGGAGGUAUCUCUUCAAGUUGCAACGGGAAAAGGAAAAUGAUGAAGUGAAUGAAGGUGAACUUGAUGAAAUAAAGAAUGACAUUUCCAGUCUUCGUUUUGAGCUAAUGGAGCAACUCCGUAAAGAGCCCAAAUCCCCCACGACGCCUGCACCUGUCCAGCUUACUGAGUUACAUCUUCAAGAAGAUGCCGUCAAAUCCAUGAGUUUCCACAUAGCCUGUGUGGAGAACAAAGUAGAAAAUCUAAUUGAGCAAAUGGAUUCACUUCGGAAAGACUUACUAACGGCUGUCAAAGGGAAACCGCCCCCACCUUCACGUAUUCAGUACAUUUGAAAAUAACUGAUUUGUGUCAAUCGAAUUGUUUGCCGGAUGUAAUGAUGUUCUAAUCUUUUAAUGAUAAAAUGACUGGAUAAUACAAGCAGUCCGUGACAUAGGCAGUUUCAUUGUGAUUUGGCAUGGCAUGUGAUGGUAACAUCGACAGAGGCCCAAAAUACAAGAUCUUCACACACAAAAAAUGCCUAUUUUAUCAUUUUAGAACGGUGUUAAUGUUGCAACCUUACAGGUAUAUAAUACGAAGGGCGUCCUCUCAUGCGCGUUUUCAGUGCGCCUUUGACUCCGUGUUUGGAACCGGCGGAGCGUGUUCAUUGGAAUUGUUCAGGAGUAACAGUGAGGAAAAUGGGAUAGACAGACGGACUAAAAACCGUACAUAUAGAAAGGAUUUGAUUUGCUACAGAAUGAUCACUGGAAAGGCAUAUUUUAUCAGACAUGAAGACGAUGUUAUUUACUUUUUAUUUGUUAACCCUUUAGAGUCAUCCUCUCUGCCAAGGUCAAAUUAAAUGUUCUUUCUGUCUGAUAGCCUUGAAUCAUUGUUAGUACAAACACUAACUAUUCGGGUUGUGCUGUAUAGUGUCCCGGGCGGUUUGAUGCAUAGGGUAGUAUUCUUCUGACAAGUACGGAUAUCUAACUCCACGGCAAAGUGGUUGGCUUUUUCAUUGUCAGUUGCGUUUUGUGAUUUUAUUACACUACAGGAAUAUUAUUCUAACUGCAUGACGUAACACCCUUGAAGACACGACAUAACGACUUGGUCUUGUUUUGGGGGGAUAUUCCAGUACAAUAGACGCAGGACGUUUUAGCAACGUCACACAAGAGGUUUGUAAGUUUUCUUUGACUGAAAUGAAAUUUCGCGAUCCACCGUGUAUAGGAAAUAAUUUGUGAUAAAAGCAGCAAUAUAAAACGAGCUGCAAGAUCGGUGGAAUCCGAUGUUUCUGCACCGAGCGAGAGUUGUGAUGUACCGCGCUCUGAGCACCGUACUGGUAGAUAAGUGCGCACCAUCCCCAGAAGCACCAUUGGCAAGAGAUUGCCUUUCAAGGGUCCAUAGGCUGUGUGUAAAAUGUACCAACAGCGUAACCAAAAAUCAUACACAUGAAAUAGCAAACAAUUGCCUUUGGGGGAACAUUUUAAACAAAAAUUAAGGAUUCUUUCACAGACUAAAAAAAAAACAAUACUGGUACAUAAUCAAGAGUUUCUAUUUUAGUACAUGUAUUGUUCGAACAAAUGUCAAACAAUAAAGAGCUUGUAUUUUAUCAUUCUUUAUUUUACUAAAUAAAAAAUUGUAUCUUUAGUUUGUGGUAUAAAAUUCUACAUUUAUAGUAUACAUUUCUAGCGAGGUCAGUUUCCUUUCUGGCAUCAUUACAUAGUCAUAAGGACUGUUUCUUUGGUAAUUUUGUUGUAUACAUGUAGACAUUUCUCCUCAUUGUUUUAAGGUACACGUCAUCCCAUUCAUUUCCUAGCUGAAGUCCCCUCUCGAUAGCGCACCGACGUGAGAGGGUCAGAUCAUUCGGGUAGAGUGGCAAAUUCAAAUAAGAACUAGGGGUCAACGGCCACAGUGUCCAAUUUGGAUGAACUUGCUGAUUUCCAGUGUGUGGUAUUUAUGUGCAUGGUCUGCAAGGCACACUGUCAGCUGAAGAAGAGUUCAGAUUCUCAUGAUCUUUUGACCAUUAUCCUCACUCGGUUAGGUCUCGGAAAGUAAUCAUACAGAAUCUUUUUAUUAACCUAAAUGGCAAUAUCUAAUGAUAUCUUUAUUCCUGGGUGCGGGAUCCCCGUGCAUCAGUAAGGGGCCGGGGUCAGUCACUUUGUACGAUGAGGCUGGAAUGAUCGGCCAAUAUUAAACUGGGCCCUUUCUGAAGUACGGAAAUCUUCGGCCUGAUGGAUUUACUAUUGGAAACCUUGUGGUAACGCAAAAGAGGUUGAAAGGAUAUUACGAUUUUUUUCUUCCUUUAUUUUUUCUUUUCUUUUUUCUUGAUCUUUAUACAAUGUUUAUGGGACUUUCGUCUAAUAAAUGUAUAAAGCUAUUUGAUAUGGUUCAACUACAUUGACAAGUGAGGUUUAUAAACAUUUUCUGGUAGGCCUAUGCUUUUCCAAGCAAACAAGGGCGUGUUCCGGUGAUUAAUCAAGGAAGUCACAUCACUAGACAGAAUUUCUGUUCUACUUGCUCAAUGAAAAUGUUUUUGCGAAAACUCUGUGUAAAGGGAAAAAGGAAGAAAAUUUAAAACAGCAAAAUAUCCAAAAUUCUGUCAUUUGUGGUGCUGAAAUAACUGCAAUGUGGAUGUUUCAUCCUUGAAAAACAUCACACAAAAUACGGUUUCUUGCUGGAAUGCCAUCAGCAUGAAAAUGUAAACUACCAUUUAAACCAAAAAUAUUCCAGCGUACCUUCAGGUGGAAAAAUUUGAAGUUUAAAAUAGGUAUAAAUGGGACACAACGAUGCCUUUUCAAGGGUUUUAUUUUAAACAGUACAUUUCAUUUCAUGACCCCUUAAAAAGUGUUCAAUGUCUACAGAAGACAGUAAAAGUUGGGUUUUGAUUUGAAGAAAUUAAUUUCUUUUCAUCUUUAAUGAUAGAGUAGCAGUGUAAAAUUCAUAAACAGCUGCAAACCGCUUACAGAGAUGACAUGAAAAAUGCAAAUUACAUGUCGAUCCUGGAAGAAUCCUAAACACGAGUUUCACUACCGAGCGCCCGAACGGAUUACGACCCGCAGGUCUGCGAUACUCUCGAUCCGGGAGUAAUGCGCACGCAACAUUUUUUUUUUUCCUUUUGGGAGUCAGCGUUAACCCGCGCAAAAGCCUUCGCAGUCCUUAAAUGCGAGAACAGGUGAGGUUUUAGGACAGAAAUGCCAUACGCUCCCUUUACCUGUGUUAUAGAUUUGAUAAACGUGCAUGGCUCCAGUAUUUGGGUAUACACGUAGUUGCGUACACGUUUUCAAAAUGCAAAAAAAGAAAUACAAAAUCUGUUUCAAUUUUCAAAGG